GUAAUAUUUACUCUCGAUUUUCUAAAUGAUGUGUCUCUAUAGGUUUGUUGAAAGACAUGCACAAUAUGAACACAGAGCAGUCUCCCCCUCCAUACAACCCCUAUUACCCUCCGCAAUAUCCUAAUACAACGCAGUACAAUGCUGGGCAGCCCACCGCUGGCAUGGUGCCCCCCGUUGUUGAACAAGUCAAUAUGGGGAUUCCAGACAGCGCUCCCCCAGAGUACACCCUGGGCUUUGAGGACGAGAACUGCUUUUCAGAUGCAGCCAUAAGAAGAGGUUUCAUAAGAAAAGUGUACUUGACACUUAUGGUUCAACUAUUAAUAACUGUUGGAAUCAUCUGUGCUUUUCUUUAUUGGGAGACACUCAGUGACUGGGUAAGAGGCACAUACUGGUUUACCUACACUAUGAUGGGUGUAACAUUUGCUUUAAUCAUUGUGCUCAUCUGUUGUGGUGACAUCCGUCGGAAAGUUCCUUUAAACUUCAUCUUCCUAGGGCUCUUUACAAUUGCAGAGGGCCUUCUCCUUGGAUCAGUUGUAGUGUAUUAUUCGGCCGAGGCAGUGCUCUGGGCAGUGGGUGCAACUGCUUUGGUGUCUCUUGCAAUGAGUUUGUUUUCAUUGCAGUCUAAAUGGGAUUUCACAGCUGCUUCAGGAAGCAUAUGGGCAAUCAGCUGGACGCUGUUUUCAUUUGCAUUGCUUUGUGCAAUUCUGAGAUCGCAGUAUUUGUACAUCCUUUAUGCAUCGUUGGGAACUUUGGUCUUCUCUGUGUACCUGGUGAUGGACACACAGCUCAUACUGGGUGGAAAGCACAAAUACAGCAUCAAUCCAGAAGAGUACAUCUUUGCUGCUCUGAACUUGUACCUUGAUAUUAUCACAAUUUUCUUAUUAUUGCUUCAAUUAAUUGGACUUUGUCGUUGAUGUGGUUUAUGAUCAUCAUGAUUUCUGUCCCACUCGACACCUGUCUCACAUAUGCUCUGGGUUUUGAGACACAAUAUUACCCUCUUUUUUUCUUUUUCUUUUUUUAACAUGACUCCAUUGUGUCUCUGUACCAAAUUUAAAACAGUAAAUCGGUAAAAUAGCAGUUUAAUAAUAAAAUAGCUAUUGAAUUAAGUAAAAUAGCUAAUGCAUAGUUGUGAGUUAUUUUACAAGUAAAUGAAGGGCAAACAUUUUUGAGACAUAUUCUUACCCCCAUUUUUUAUAAACUUGACUCCAUUGUGUCUGUAACAUGUUGUAAUAAAUGUUCGCUGUCAUGUCACUGUACUUUAAGUUAAAUUCAUUAAAGUGGUUUCUCUUAUCCAUUUGAUAUGAUUUUUAAUAAUUUGAGAACACUAAAAAUCCUAGAACAAAUGCUAUUUUAAGGGAGUGGCACAUCUUACCCCGGUAUCCCCAAUUGUAUAUUUAUAAAUUAACUAAUUCUUAAUAAUAUAAUAUAAUUUAAAUAUUAAAUUUAAAUCAGUAAAAUAGCUAACAGUUUAAUAAUAGAAUAGCUAUUGAAUUAAGUAAAAUAACUAUUAGCUGUGACUGAGUUAUUUUAAAAGUAAAAGAAGGGCAAUGUGAUGUAGCCUACAUGGUAUGGGUUUUGAGAGAUAUUCUUACCCCCAUUUUUUAUAAACAUGAUUCCAUCGUGUCUAAUAUGUUGUAAUAGAUGUUCACUGUCAUGUACUUUAAGUUAAGUUCAUUAAAGUGUCUACUGUUA